AUGACGCUUUCACAAAUAUGCCGCACCUCUUACCAAAAUCCGUACGCCUUUCCCUCGGGUGAGAUUUCCGAUGAAUUGCGUCGCAAAUUCGAUCAAUGGUGGUCGCAACAACUAACGCCUCAAUCAAGUAUUGCACCAAAAAUGUUACCGUUCCUAACUGCACCAACAUCAGUGCCCAACGAAAUGGACUUCAAAGUCGGCUCGGCGGCCGUAGCAGCAGCCGCUGCUGCCGCCGCUGCUGCACAAGCCGGCCUACAUGCUGCCUCGGGCGUAGGCAAUGUUCCUGGUGGCAAUAUGCCCAGUCUCAGUGGCAGUCAUGAUUCACUGCUCAUGAAUGAUGCUACACAUCAUGGUCCACCAGGUGCUGCCUCCACACAUCAUCCCAAUAUGCUGGUACAUCCAGCCAUGCAUCCGUCGAUGCACCAUCAUCAUCACCAUCCACACUCACAAUAUCCAAAUCAAAAGACACGCAUGCGCACCAGUUUUGAUCCAGAGAUGGAGUUGCCGAAGCUACAGAAAUGGUUCCAAGAAAAUCCUCAUCCAUCACGUCAACAAAUACAAACGUAUGUAGUGCAAUUGAAUGCGUUAGAAUCGCGCCGUGGCCGCAAGCCGCUGGAUGUAAAUAAUGUUGUUUACUGGUUUAAAAAUGCGCGCGCCGCUCAGAAACGCGCCGAAAUGCGAGGUGGUUUGGCAGCGCUGGGUCAUCCCGGCCUCAAUGGCUUUGUGCUGAAUCAGCACGGACAGCUGGGUCAAAGCUCAAGCAGCAGCGGUGGUAGUCAGCAAUUGAAUAGUAGUAAUAUUAAUUUAGCCAUGUCCCAUGACUUCCUAAAGAGUCCGUUGAGUCUGAAGUCGGAAGAUGUGGACACAAUGUCACAGCAUUCGGAAGACAUGGACGAAGACAAUAGUCGACCAGGCUCGCCACAACUACCGCUCUCGCUGACCACACACGAACGCAAUCGCAAUUCACCGCUUGAGGGCGCUGAGGGAAAUACGGAACAAAAGGAGAGUCUUCGUGAUAUGGUUGAAGCAGAGAUCUUGGUGAAAAGUGAAGCUGACUGCCAAUCGAUGCUGAACGGUUCGCUAAAUCAAUCGCUACGCGCAUGCUCGCGCAGCUAUACGGAGGAGGGGACACAGCCGCAGGAUAAACCAAGCGAAGCACAAGCAGGCGACCAACAAGGCGACAAUCCCAAUGAGAAUACAACAAUUAGUCAGCAGAAUGAAACAGAGCACAACAAUAGCAAUAAUAAUAAUAACAACAAUAAUGCAAGCAAUGCCAACAUUGCCACUAGUGAUAGCACUAACAACAACAACAGCAAUAUUAUCAAUGAACAGUCCUAUGAUGCUGUGAACACACAACCGCAAGCACAUUCCUCACCCAAAAUGAAUUCGCCCAAAGAGGAGGAUGAUGAUCUUGAUAUGGAGGAUGACGACGACGACGAGAAUGAUGCAUCACAGCUUGAUGAUUACUGUUCGCCAUCGCCCGACUUGGCUAAUGCCUUAGCACAACGCAAAGAUAUGCCAUUUUCAAUGGUACCCAAUUCGAUGUUCUCACAGUCCUUUAUGUACAUGAGCCAUUACAUACCCGGGUUCGGUCAAGCGGCUGCCAAUCAUCCGCAUGCGCACCAUGCCGCUGCUGCAGCGGCUGCCGCGGGUAUGCCACCAAAUGCGCUAAUGAAUCCGAGCGGUCUGAAUUUGUCGAGCAUGUCGAAUGAGGAGCGACGUAAAAGGAAUCGUACCUUCAUUGAUCCGGUCACGGAGGUGCCGAAACUGGAGCAAUGGUUCGCUAUGAACACACAUCCAUCGCACAAUUUAAUACUGAAGUAUACAGAAGACCUAAACACAAUGCCUUACAGGCAGAAGUUCCCUCGCUUGGAAAGUAAAAAUGUUCAGUUUUGGUUCAAGAAUCGACGCGCCAAAUGCAAGCGACUAAAGAUGUCGCUCUAUGACGGCUCUCAGCUACAAGGUCUCAACUCAUUUGUGAGCAAAUAUGAAGAACGCGAUUAAAAAGGAACGAGCCAAAUAGUAGCUGCAAAGAGAGCAAUAAUAAUAGUAAAAGCGAUUAGUGCGGAUGGAUAAUGUGAGAAUAGCAGGUUUGUGUAAAAAAAGUAGUUCUUUGUAAAAUCAAAAAUGUCGAUUACCAGUGAUAAAGCGACUGAUUGUUGUGUGAAAUAAAAUUAAAAUUAAAAAAAAAACUAUCAUAAUAAAUAUUCUCAACGAAUAUUAUGAAACAACUAUUAACUAUAAUAUUAGCACCAUUGUAGUAUUGAAUUUAGUUUACUACUAACUACUAAGCGACGAUAAAAAAUUUAGCCAGAAGUCAUUUUUAUAAGAAAGUAACCAAAAAAAAUUACGAGACCGGCCAAUUGUGUGUGUUACAAUUACAACAUAAAAAUACAAAUAUGAGCUCUUUUAAUUAAUUUGUAUUAUAUAUAAUAUGUGUUUGUUAGCUAUUAUAUUUAUUAAAGGAGAAGAAAAUGACAAAUAAUAAAAUAAAAAUUAUAGAUUUUAAAAAUAUCUAGUUUGAUACAUAAUAUUUAUUUAAGGGGUUCUGCACUAAGAUAAAUUAAUUAGAAAUUGUUUUAAUUUAAAUUAGGUCAGUUUAAAUAUAUUGAACAUCCAGCACUAUUAACUGUAUUAAUUAAUAUGUAUAUAUCUAUUUAAACCUAAACUAUUCGAUAGAAAUUAAUAAAUUAUAUUGUAAUUAAAACGUAGUUAAAACCAAAGAUGGCAUUUCUAAAUACCUUUUUUAGGAUAAAUCUGGUGUAAUAUGCAAUAAAUCAGCGAAAAUGCGCAAAGAGAGAAUACAAUUUUUUUUUUUUUCACUUUUUUAUGUACGCGCCCUCGUUCAUUAUAUUAAAUUA